GGGACGACCAAUAGGAGCAGAAGGAUCGGGCCACGUGACUCCAUCCUCUGACGCAGUUUCCGGAUACGAUGGCCGAGAUGGACGACGGCGAUGAUCCAGUUUUGCUCUCGUCGCAUGGUGGCGGUUCUGCGUCCAGACACAGUGGAGAUAAGAUGUUCUCCUUGAAGAAGUGGAACGCGGUGGCCAUGUGGAGCUGGGACGUGGAGUGCGACACGUGUGCCAUCUGCAGGGUGCAGGUUAUGGACGCGUGUUUGCGCUGCCAGGCUGAGAACAAACAAGAGGACUGUGUGGUGGUCUGGGGCGAGUGCAACCACUCCUUCCACAACUGCUGCAUGUCACUGUGGGUGAAGCAGAACAACCGCUGCCCGCUGUGCCAGCAGGAUUGGGUUGUGCAGAGGAUCGGGAAGUAACUGCCUUUGGUCAGGAGAGCACGUCCGGUCCCACCCUGCCCCAUCCUCCUCCUGGAGCACGAGGGCCGUGUGCCACCCUGUCCGUAGGAAGGACUCGACCACCUUCAUUUCUAGUGUUAGAACACAGGGGACAGUAUUCAUGAAUGUCCUUUGAAUAAAACUUUCACAAGUGAUGGAUGUCUGCACUCACAGACUGUGUACACGCGCAUGUGGAUUUGUAAUAGACGCACAUUGAGUUUCUUAGCUCUCGCAGUGAUACACGUGUAUCGGCACUGCAGAUUAACAGUGGAUAGCUGACCCAUUUGACAGUGUGUGUUUGUGGCUGUAACGGAGACUAGAGUUUAUUCUUCUGUAAAGAAUGUGUGCUUGAUAAUAAAUAGUAUGUUACUGUUCU